GGCAAGUCUGUAAUAACAUACAACAGGCAAUACGCUACCCGCCGACGAAUUUGGCAGGAAAUGGUGCAUUGUCCGUCGGGUCUCUCUCGCGAUGUUUUUUUUUUUUUUUUUUUUUUUUUUUUUUGCAGCAGGAGAACUCUUUGUUUGCUUUUGUGCGGAGGGAUUUGAAAGUUCAUGGGGGAACGGGACGUACGUCAACCUGCAGGGGAACGGGGACCUCGUCCCCUGCUUCCUGUUCGUGUACUUCAUGUUCGUCUGCGUCAUGCUCCUCUGCUCCCUUCUGCUAUGUUGGAUCCCGCGGCCGCUCCUCCUGUUGUUCCUGUUCUUGCUCCUGCGCAGCUGCUGCCUCCGGCGCUGGCGACAUCGUACGAAGAGCUUGGCUCCCCGUCGAGGCAAGUUCAGAGAACGCCACGCUCUGAUUCUUUCCUUGCCCGUCUUUUCUGCGUCUUAGCUAAUCGCUCCCCUCCCCUUUUCUCUCACCCUUUCU